AUGAUGAUGUUGGCACAGGAACCGCAGUAUCAACAACCGCAACAGCAACAUCCAGUAGUCCCACCGUCAACGAUGCAACCACAACUGAUACCACAGAAUUCAAGGAAGUCAAAACCCAAGAAGAAGAACUCGCAGUCUCGAUAUAACAACGACGAUGUCCGUACACUUCCAAGUGGGGCACCGGUUGAUUUUGGACACGGCAGUAGUAAUAGUUACAAGAGAGACAGGGACAGGGAGAGAAACAGGGAUAAAGACAGAGAGAGAAACAGGGAUAAAAAUAGACUAACUGCAGCACCAAGUUUGCCAGACGGCUCGAAGCCAAAUUUCCAGCCAUUCAAGUCUAACAAGUCCUCCUCGUCUGGAUCAUCGUCUGCGUCUCUGAACUCAUCCAAGCCGUCCAGAAAGUCAAACAAUAGCAACAACAGCAAUAACAACAACAGCAACAAGAACAGUGAUUAUUCGUUGCCAGAUGGCAGAAAGCCAAACUUCUACAAUGACAAGUCGUACUCGAAUUUCAAGACUCACUACAACAACCCAAACACCAAGGCUAUCAAGGAGAAGAGAGUUGACGAUAACAGUUAUGCUGGGUCUUCAUUUCAUUCGUCACCUGAUGCGUUCAACUUGCCUAAACCUUCAUUCAAGUCAAGCAACGGAUCACCUCGACAACCAGUUGUGUUGAGAGAGCCCCGUGUUCAGCCUCAACCAGGUUUUUUUGAUUAA